AUGACUACAGUUCCUGAACUUCUUUCAUUUUUAUUAUUAGCUUCAUUUUUAUCAGUGCUAGAUAUAUUAAGUAGUUUAUUAUCAAUUAUGUCAACUACUAAACAAAAACUACCAAAAUUAAAUAAUGCUGUUCCAAAUACAAAUUUACCGAUUGAAGGUUCUUCAAAACCUAAAAGUCCUAAACAACAAGAAAUUAAAGAAAAUGUAACAAAGGGGUUACCUGAUUUAUUAACUCCUAAACAUCUUAAAACUUAUCCUUUAGUUAAUUCUUCAGAGAAUAUUUAUAAAAUGUUACCAUUUUCUGGAUAUUUGUUAUCAAUAUCAAAGUAUAGUUUUACCACUAUUAGAAAUUAUCAACCAAUGAAGUACAUCUUGGAAACUGGUGAUUUAUAUUCAGAUAUGUUAUUAACUAAACUAGAUUCAUUUAUCCCCUCGUUACAAACUGUUGAAAUUACUGAUUUAACUAGUCCUAUUACUUCACCUAUUAAUCACGCUGUUGAGACUGUAAAUACUAAGAUUAAUUUGGUAAAUGAUACUGUAAACAAAAAUGUUAUUAAUCCUACAAAAUCCAAGAUCGAUGAUGUUAAGAAUGAUAUUCAUCAAAGAACUCAUGAUGAAAAUGGUAAGAAUAUCAUAGCUAAAUCUACAAUAGAUCCAAUAAUCACUCCAUUUAAUGAAACUUUAGAACAGUUUGUAUCAAAUCAUUUCCCUGAUAAGAAGGUAGUACCAAGAGAUGAUGAUGACUGUGGACGUUGUGAAUUUUCCAGUGAACUCAAGAGAACAUUCAAUAUAGUAGGUAAUAUAAUUUCCAAAGAAAGUAAAGAAACAGUAGAAGUUAACUUGGUAGAUUUAAAAGGUGAUAAUAUCGCUGAUAAUAAGAAAAAUACUAAAAUAGAAAAAGCUAAACCAGUUAAAGAAAAAGAAGUUAUUGCUAAUAAAUGA